UUCCAUCAAUCAUUCAACAUGUUUACAAUUAAUUGUUAAUCAUUUUAUUUACCAUUUUAUUGAUUUCUUUUGGUCAUUUGGAUCAUUAUUGAUCAAUUACUGAUUAAAAUGUCUGUGAAAUUGUCAAUUUCAAACUCAACUGUAUUAAAUUGUUACAAUUAUUAUCUCUUGAAGAUAGCAAAUUACAGUUAGUGUAUAAUCAGUGAACGUUAAUUGCUCCUAAAUUGUAACACAAUGUUGAUUUAACAACGUAUUGAAACGUCAUUCAGUUUUCAGAAUAAUUAAAUUUACUCAACUCAACUAAUUACAAUAAAUAAAAAUUCAGUUUAUUGAUUUGACUAGUUAAGAGUAAAUCGUUAACCAUUUGUUCACAAUGGUUUCAAUACUUUGGUCCCAAUUAAAAUCAAUGUUCAUUAAAGAUCAAUUGAUUAGGAAACGUCAUUAUAUUGCUACUCUAUUUGAAUUGUUUCUUCCCAUAUUAUUGGUACUGAUUCAUGUGUGGACAAUUUAUAAAAAGAGUGACCAACAACCACCAGUCUCAGUGACCAACAAACUUCAAUCAACAGUUUAUCCUUUGAAUGGUAUUUUUAACAAUACUUUUCAAUGUUACUCUUUCAAUCAAUCAAUUUUCUAUUACUCACCUGAUUCAGUUGCUAGUCAACUAUUGACACCCGAUUAUCGUACUUGUGGACUUCAAACGAGAUCUUUGAAUAGCUCAGAGGCAGUGAUCAGAUCUUGGGGUGAUUCCUUAACGAUGACCUCGUAUUCAGCUAACACUGGACUUUUUUUCGACUUCCUCGACCUCGAAGAAGGUAUUUCUAACUACAGCGUAAGCGGUGGAGCGAUCGACUAUUCUAACCCUUGGGGCGAGCCUGUUUAUUCAACAUUCGAUAAUUACCUAAGAACUCAGUCAAUUGUGAAUAUUUUACUGGCUAAUCAUCCGAAUGAACAAAAAUUGACCUCAAAAGAUUUCGCUUAUUUUUAUACGACCAAAUUGUUCGCUGAGGGAAAUCCUUCAACUGACCAAUUGACAAACAAAAAGGAAACUUAUAAAAGAUUCGGUCAAGGAAGUGGAAGUCGAUCAGUUCCAACUGAAGUUUUAGAUUUCUACCAAUCUUAUACGAUUCUGGAAAUCGGGUUUCUUUAUAUGACCACUUUAAUAGUUCGUCGUGUUGUCCGAGAAAAAAGUACCAAUUCAAAGGAGUUGCUGAGGAUCAUGGGACUGACCGAUCUAAUUUAUUGGCUCUCACAUUUCAUCAAUUAUUUUACUCUUUCCAUUUUCCAUGGAACAAUAAUUACGAUCAUUUACUCGAUAAUAGUUAAAAAGAGUCCUUAUCAUGGUUGGAAUCCGAGUCUAUUCUGGUUCAAUUAUGUUAUGAAUAGUGUGACUUCGAUCCUUUUCUCCUUCGCCUUUACAACCAUUUUAACUCGACCGGUCAUCGGUGUACUUAUUGUAACUGUUGGUCGAGCGGCUUUGUCUUAUGUACCUUAUGCUGCGAAAACGGCAUCUUUUAAAAUUCUCUGGAUUUCACCGAAAGUUUGGGCUAGUCUUUUACCCAGUGGUCAGUUACAUUAUUCAAUAAGUGACCUACUUUACUUCGGUCGGAAAAAUGGAAAGGUUCUUUGGUCUGACAUUUUCGCUUCAAUUGGAGAUGAAGAAACGUUAACACUUUGGUCCGUUUAUUUUGUUAUGAUCUUUUCCUGGUUGUUUUAUGUAGUUCUAAUCUGGUACAUUGAUGCAGUUUGGCCCUGGCAAACCGGAACACCAAAGCCUUGGCACUUCCCCAUAUCUCAAUUCUUGAAUUCACCUACUGUCGGCAUUGAGCCUAACUCAAAAUCUAAUUAUGAAGAAGAUGAUGAGAGACACAAUGAACCAGAACCAGAAAACUUGAAAAAAAGCAUUAGAUGCGACAAUCUGUACAAAUCCUUCAACUCAUCAGGGUCAAAGUUUGCGGUUGACAGAUUGAAUAUUAACAUUCUCAAAGGUCAAAUAACUGUUCUUUUGGGUCACAAUGGUGCUGGUAAAACGACCACAAUGUCCAUGAUCACUGGAAUAUUAAAACCUUCGUCUGGUAACAUUUAUGUCAAUGGAAUUGAUGUUCAUAAGAAUACGGUAGCUGCUCGUCGAUGUCUCGCUUUGUGUCCUCAACAUGAUUUACUAUUCGAAGAUCUCACUGUUCGAGAAAAUCUAGAGCUUUGCGGUGGACUUCGAGGAUUAAGUGACCAAAUUAAGAAAGAAAUAAUUCCAUUGAAUAUUAAAAGAGCGAAUCUAACUGAGAAAGCAAACUCAUUAGCAAGUAAUUUAUCGGGAGGAAUGAGACGUCGUCUUCAAUUGGCCUUGGCUCUUUCGACAGCAUCAGAGAUAUUGAUUCUCGACGAGCCAACAUCAGGUUUAGAUCCAGAGUCUCGAAGACAAUUGUGGGAUCUUUUGUUAGAACUGAGAAAAGACUUGACAAUAUUAUUGACAACUCAUUUUAUGGAAGAAGCUGAUGCAUUGGGAGAUCGUAUAAUUAUCAUGGGCUCGGGUAAAGUAAAAUGUUCAGGAUCAUCGAUGUUUCUCAAGAAACAGUUCGGAGCUGGAUAUUCAGUUCGACUGGCUAAAGAUGCUUGGGUGUAUAAACCUACUGAACUAAGUUCUUUAGUGCAGAAAUAUUUCCAGGAAGCAAAAGUUACGAAUGAGACAAAUGCAGAGAUCGUUUUUCAGUUGAAUAAUAAAUCGAAUCAAGAAUCAACAACUGCACUAGUUAAUCUUUGUGAUGAUCUAGAUAAUAAUCCAACAUCAUUUGGUAUCACUUCUUAUGGGAUAUCGGUAACAACACUCGAAGAUGUUUUCCUUAAAGUAGCUGAAGAUGAAGAUGUUGGUAAACGAACAACAAUAACUAUGGAAGAAAAAUUGUUUGAAGUAAAUAAAAUACUCGAUUAUCAGAAAUUAACUGGGUUGUCUUUGGUUAUGCAAAGAUUUAAAGGGUUGGUGAUGAAAAGAUUUAACUACACUAAACGUCAUUAUAAGACAAUCGGGUUCACGAUCGUUUUACCAGCAAUUGUCACAGUCCUGGUCUUUCUUGCUGCAAGAAAUGCAAUGAGUAAUGUAAAAUUAGCGGGCAAUGAUUAUUUGGAACCGAUCACCAUGGACUUGAAAGAAAUUUAUGGUUCUAACGCUAAGGCAGUAAUUCGAGCAUCGUUAGCUGAACAUUCGCCUUUUAUUGAUUCUUAUCGACAAAUUAUGAGCGAAUCUGGAAUCCAAGUGAUUGAAAUUGAAUCAUCCAUUUCAUUAGAUGAUUAUUUUAAAACGAGUUCCCAAAAUCGUGAACAGUUCAUGAGGGAAAAUAUCUUUGGUAUUAUUGAAGAUUCAUCGAAACCAAGAGGAUUCGCUGCUUGGCUUAACCCGAAAGCGGCCUUAUCUCUACCGUUGUCAAUCAGUGCUUGGCAAAAUGCGCUGAUACGUAGUCUUGGUGAUGGAAAACGGAAUCAAUCCAAAGUCUCAGUAACUUACAAAUCGAUGCCGAAUGUCGCAACAUUGGAACCUAAAUAUAAGGCAAUCGUGGCUCGAAUUAUAUUUGCACUAUUUUCUCCUGUUGCAUUUUGUUUGAUCGCUGUUUCAUAUUUUCUCUUCCCUUCAAUUGAAUCUCAAAACAAGUGUAACUUAAUCCAAAAAAUGAACGGAAUCACAGCACCAAUGUUCUGGUUUAGUCAUUAUGCUUUCGACUUCACUUAUCACAUAAUUGUUGCGAUUAUUAUUUUCAUUUCCAUUAUAGUAGUUGACCAAUUCCCAUUUGUAGCUUUUAGUGUUAUUGCAUCUGUCAUCAUCUUAUUGGUACUUUUUGGUCUCACGUCCAUCCCAUUGUUUUAUUUACUUUCAUUUUUACCUUUGACACCUGAUCGAGGAUUCUCAUUGUUAACAACUAUCUCGCUCGUUGGAACUGUAAUUGGAUCAGGAUUAGCAUCAGUUUUCUUGGCAUUUGAUACAGUUAAAGCGAUUUACUUGAUUGUAGGUGAUCUAUUUCCACCUUUCGCUGCCUCUUUUGGACUAUCAAAGAUUUUCGGAGCAGUUAAACUGUACAAAGAGUGUCAAGAGUACGAUGCAUGUCCGAAUGGAAAUGCAAUAAUUAAGGAUACCUGUUGCAAUGAAUAUGAAGAAUAUAUAAAGUAUGAUCCAUUUACCUUCGAAGACAACGGUAUAAAUACUGAGAUAACGAUAUUAAUGGUCUGUGCAUUUGUAUACACGAUUUUACUGAUAUCUCUGGACAAAAAUUUACAUCGACUUGGAUAUUGGUACGAAUCGAUUCGUGCAAGAUUAUCAUCAGAUGGAAAAUCCGAAAAUGGUGUUGAAGAUGAAGAUGUAGUACGAGAAAGAGAUCGAGUAAAACAAUUGAUUGGUUCAAAUGGAAUACGAAAUGAAGCUUUAAUUGUUGAUGGUUUAACUAAAGAUUUUGGUUCAUUUCGAGCUGUUGAUAGGAUUACUUUCGGUGUACAUAAAGCAGAGUGUUUUGGUUUGUUGGGUGUUAAUGGUGCAGGUAAAACGACAACAUUUCGAAUGUUAACUGGAGAUAUUAUGGUUACUUCGGGAGAUGGUUAUGUGGGAGGAUAUUCAUUGCGAAAAGAUUUACUCAAUUUCCAACAAUCAAUAAGUUAUUGUCCACAAUUUGAUGCGCUACUUGACAAUUUAACUCCAGUGGAAAGUUUAAUGUUAUUUGCACGAAUCAGGGGAAUGCCUGAAAGUAAAGUAAAGGAUAAUGUAAAUUAUAUAAUUGAAUCAACUGAUUUAACUUCAUUCGCCAACACAUGUAAUCAGAAUCUAAGUGGUGGUAAUAAGAGGAAAUUAUCAUUGGCCAUUGCAUCUAUUGCUAAACCAGAGGUGAUUUUCUUGGAUGAACCAACCACAGGUGUAGAUCCAGCAUCGAGACGGAAAAUAUGGUCCACAUUGAUUCAUCUUCGUGAUACAAGUGGAUCAUCAAUUGUACUAACCAGUCACUCUAUGGAUGAAUGUGAAGCCUUAUGUUCACGAAUCGGUAUAAUGGCUCGAGGCAAUUUCAAGUGUCUUGGUUCAUCUCAACAUUUAAAAGAAAAGUUUGGACUUGGAUUUACAUUGAUAAUUAAAAUGACUCAAUCCAAUCAAUCGGUCCAAACCAAUCAACAAUCCAAUCAACAAUUGGAUAAAAUUAAAAGAUGGAUGGUCGAGAAAUUCCCUUCGUCCAUCUUGAGAGAUGUUCAUCAAACUAUUCUUCAUUAUCAUAUAACGGACACUUCACUUCGUUGGGGUGAAAUGUUGAGGUGUUUAGAUGAAGCAAAACGAUUAUUGCCCAUUGAAGAUUUUACUUUAACUGGAACAACAUUAGAACAAAUUUUCUUAUCAUUUGCUAAACAAACUUAACAUUAAUUAUUCUCAUUACAGUUUCAUUCAUUAUCAUCAAUUUUUUUGUUAACCAAUCCAAUAAAUAAACUAUAAGACUCACUAA